GCAGCUGUUUCAGUUAUUGUCACCCCCCAAGUUGUGUACACACUGUUUUGACGUUAAGAGUUCUCCUGACUUUUUAUUUAUAAACAGAAAAACACGGAAAAACAUGGUGUAAACCGUGAACCAGACACCCACACCACUACACGGCCACCCACACACACACCGGCCUCGUUGUUGUUGCUUGAUUUUUGCAAUUGCGAAUUGUGAAAGUCCCUGAAAAAGGAACCCCAUUAGAUUAUGCACCCAAGUUGCACGCUAAACAGACACAGAAAUUGAUUCGGAGAGAAGGAAAAGCAGCCAAGCAGACAUACAGAGAGAGAAAAAGAAAGUACUCGGACGGCCUUGGGCGACACAAAAACGGGAGCAGCGAGAGACAACCCAAUUAAGUCGCCCAGGCUUGUGGGUUCAGUAGGUCACUGCCACAUCGCUUUUGCAAGGGGCAGUGGCCCAAGGACAUCCGGGAGGAGGCCUACACCCACAGUCUACACAGCACAGCCCAAACCCACUGCACAGGAUAAAGAUAUAUAGCCACCCUAUUGGCAAUGAGACGGUUCGCUGGCAAUGCGCUCACUUGAAGGCAGCCGUCGUCAGGUCGAGCAGCUGGAGCUGGAAGCCAAGGAUCAGGUUCGAAGUCCUCGCCAGGAGCAGGAGCAGCCAGUCGCACGGCCAUCGAUGGCCAACGAACGCAAGCAAAGCAGUCCCAAGGUGGAGCUCACCAAGCUCAGUCACGAGCUGAUCGAGGAGUGCAAGCGCAGCCAAGAGGACUCGCUGCUGUCGCGCCACCUUCGCCACGAGCUGGAAAAGCUGCCCCGCGAUUCCCGUCGCGAGUUGGUGCGAAAGCAGCGCAAUGGUUGCGCACCCCUUUUUAUUGCCGCUAAACGGGGCGCCGUGGUUAUUGCCGAGUAUCUCAUCACCAUUUGCGAAGCCGACAUCGAGCAAAGAGGACACUUUGAAGUGCCGGAGGACAACAGCUUCCACUAUGUAUCGCCACUUUGGGCAGCCGUCGUCUCCGGCAAAUUGUCUAUGGUCAAAUAUCUGGUCCGGAUUGGAUGCGACAUUAAUGCCACCUCCGAUUCGGGAUCGACGCCCGUAAGGAGUGCCUGCUACAUGACUCACGUCGACAUCGUCAAGUUCCUGGUGGAAAACGGAGCCGACAUCAAGCGCCCAAACAUUAAUGGAGGCACCUGUCUAAUCAACUCUGUGCAGUCUGUGCAGUUAUGUUUAUACUUGGUGCGAAAAGGAGCAGACAUUAAUGCCAGGGACAUCCAGGACAAGACAGCGCUCCAUUAUGCGAUCCAGGAACACCGACUGGACACCACUAAGAUGUUGAUUGAGCAAGGCGCCGACCCGUAUGCCAAGAGUCGUUACGGAGACGAUGCCCUGCGGACUGCCUGCCUGAAGGGAGCUCAUCAGAUCUUUGACUUCCUUAAGAAGGAACUAAAUUAUUUGCCAGCAAGGCUGGCGGAGGCCCACGAGCUGAUGGGAUCGACGUUCCUGGACGAGCACAACGAGUCGCGUGUGUGCAUUCUGCACUGGCGCAUGGCGCAUCACAUCCGCGCAGCAUAUACGCCGUAUAUCGAAAAGAAGCCACAGGUUCCUCUUCGCACUGCCUACGAGAAUGCCGUGGAGUUUAGUACUCUGGAGGAACUGGACAACAUUGCCACCGAUAUGGAUGCGAUGCGAACGCAGAGCCUGCUUAUUUGCGAGCGGGUUCUGGGACUGACCCACAAGGAUAUGCUGUUCCGGUUAACUUUCAGGGGCGCCUCGUAUGCAGAUUCGUUGCAGCUUCAGCGAUGCAUUGAUCUGUGGCGCUUCCUCCUCGAGGUGCGCGUUUCCAACUGGUCCAUCCUGCACUUUGAGACUUGUUUCGCCGCUCAGGCGCUGGUGCGUCUGAUGCUGGACUUGCAUGUCCAGAACUCGAGUCACAUACGAAGCGAUGCGAGAGCCAGGUUCGUGCAUCAGGAUAAUGUGCUGCCCAGGUUCGAGGAUGUGCUCGGGGUCUUCAGAACUCUGGCGGAGAGCGCCACUGUGGUGAAGCACCUGCUGCUCUUGCGACCGGUUUUUAGGAGACAGCAGGAGAACUACGAUCGCGUGAUGAGGUGUCUGGCUCAUCUCAUUUAUCUGUUGAUCAAUACCGUCCAUACGGAGGCGCAGAACAAGCUCAUCUGCCAGGCGGUCCACGAGGCGGUGGUGGUGGGCAACCUGCGCAGCGCCAGCACCGCCGACACAAUGCUCCACCUCUGCGCCUCGCGGCUAAACGUCAUUAAGAGCGGCUACAUCACUGACGACAAUUUUGCCGAUAAGACUGUGUUCCCAAAUGCGGAUGUCAUCAAACUGCUCAUCCAGUGCGGUGUUGAUGUGAACAUCAAGAACGAAGCCAAAUCCACGCCCCUGCACGUGGCUUGUCAGCCCUACAACUAUGACAAUGAGAUUGUUCACCUGUUGCUCAAGUGCGGAGCGGACAUCGAUCAACCGAAUCGAGCCGACAAGCGGCCCUACGACUUAAUAGCAUCCAAUCCCACCAGCACCAUUCCGCUGCUCAACUUUGUGUCACUUCAGUGUUUGGCGGCGACGGCGAUUAGCAAACACCGGAUACCCUACCACAAUCAACUGCACAGGCAGUUGGAGAAGUUCGUCCGGAACCACGAACCGUAAGGAUCAGAGUAUAGGAAGCUUAAUCGAAGCCUAAAGCGUGUUUGUGUCUAUGUCUUAUGUCAAAAUUGAAGGUGUUCCCAUAACGCCAAAUGAUUUUACCAGUUGGGAAUUUUCAAAAUUUCACCAGUGUCGGUUACUAUGUCUCGCUCUAUAUAUUAAAUACAUAUUUACAGAUAUCUAUAUCUAUUGUUAAAUCGGCUUAACGUAGUUUAAAACUCCAAUCGAGAUCAGAAGCAGAAUCAGAACAAAAAUUGUAACAGAACAAGCAAAAAGUGUAAACGAUGAACGUGAUAUUAAAAACUAUAUAUAUAUAGAGA